UCAUCUUUGCUCUGAUAUUUGUUCCGCCUCUGCAUCAGCACUAUACCUCCCAUGUGUUUUGAUUCGGCGAUAGAUCAAGACCCCUCUCGCAAUAGAGUUCUACAUUCUUGAUUAUUAUCAUCAUCAAACAGAUAAGCCUCGUAUCAUGUAGAUAAGCCUUGUGGUGGCGUUGUCUUGCCCACUGGAUCGAGUCAAGGUCCAAGGUUUGCGCAAUGCUCGGAUGACGCGGGGAGGGCGGAGGUCCAUGCCACCGCGGGCAACAUGCAACGUCACAAUCACGAUCCCCCCUUCCAUCCGAACGAACCGGCCGAGCAGAGAAAGAGUGGAAGAAAUAAGCACGCCAUCGGAUCAAGUUCCCGCUGAGGUUGCGUUCGAUGGAUCCAGUGGGGUCCCAUCCCCAGUGUCCACUUCUUUAACGAAAGUAGGAUGUCAUGAUGUAGUGGAUGUGAUCGCCGCUGAGAUCGACAUGAUGAUGAUGGUGACACUUGCAUCUCUGCUACUGGAUAAUACCAUCGUCCAGUCUGACUGCAUCUGGUCUGGUACUAUUCAUUGGUCCCGAUCAUCAUGUGGUAUACUACUAAUAGAGUCUAAUAGAGUACAGAUAUAUCUACUACUUGUACUCCGUAGUAACAGUGAACUCACUACUACCAUGAAUUCAUGUCAGUGGUGCUAACCAGCCACCUCGUUAGCCACCAAUGGAUAAUUACUCCCCUGCUAUAUAA